GAAUACAAAUAAAGAAAACUUUAAUGAGGAUUACAAUGACAAAUUUCCGAGUAAAAAUAGAUCGACUAAUUAAAAUUAUAGAUUAUAUGUAAAUGCAACUCUAAUGAGGAUAACAAUAAUCUAACUUUGAUAGUUGGUGUUCAUCAUUCAUUCAAAUAUAUCAAUAAAAAAUAAAAAUGGAGGUAUAAGUUAGAUAUAUCAUAGUCUUUUCCUUUACUUCUAUUUUUUUUAGAACUUUCAUUUACUUAUAAUGCAAGCAAGCAAUAGCAAGAGUCUUUAAAUAUAUACCAAGGUUGCAUAUGCCACCUAGUGAAGCAACAACCCCAGAAGUAGAGAUAUCGACUUUCAACACAUCACCGAUUUCAUUGUCUUUUCAAAAUAGCUGCCAUUUUCGUUAUAAGGGUGACAUAAGUUUGCUUUUUCUUUUAAUUAGGUGUUACCUAAACAAUUCAAUCUUGAUAUUCCACGUUGAAAAAUCAUUGAUAAAUUGAUAAUACCACUAGAUCGAGUUCUUGUUCGCAUACAUUUACAGUUCAUGGCUUCAUGCGAGACUAAAAUAUUAUGAUGUUCUAAUUGCUUUUUGAAUUUGCAAUAAUUUAGAUUUAUUGCUAUGCGUCUACUUACAUAGCUUACAUAAAAUUAUAAAAUCUUGUAUGAAAAGUAAGAGAUUUAUCACUUUGUCUUUCUUCAAUCUCAAAUUAAUUUCCUUGGCUUUGAUAAUACCCUUUUCUUAACACCCUAAACCCACAUUUGGAUAUACAUAAAGUCCAAGUUUAGGUCUAAUUGGGCCUAUUGCGGGCGGCCCAUAAAGAAUAUACCUACCAGAAAUAAAAAUAAGGCUAAAUCCUACGGCUGCAACCGUACUAUUGAACCGCGAGAGCUUCAUCUGCACCGUCCGAUUUGAUUGGCCACCGAUCAGUGGAGAACAGGCCCGGUUCGCCAGAAUCACCGGCAAACGCAGCGGAGCGUGCAAAGGAUUGGACCUCAAAUACUCUCUCUCUCUCUUUCCCUCUCCCAAUCGUUCUACGUACUCCGUUCUCUCUCUCCAUUCAAUUGUGGAUCGACGAUCGCUCAUUGAUCUGUGAAGGUUCGUUGCAAAAAGUCUCUGCCUUUCUGUUGAAUUCCGAAUUUUCUCUGUUUCAAAGUUUCGUUCAGUUUCGCCUAAAUUGAUUUCCUGUGUUUUAAUCACAUCUGGGUCUUUGUUUUCAGGGUGUUUGGCUUCCCAUUGUUGUUCGGUUCGUUCAAAUCUCGGCAAAAGUUUGAAGCUUUGGCUACGAAUCUCGCCUGGGGUUUGUGGAUUUCCUUCCAGUUUCUAGUUUCGCGGGUUUGGGGUUCGUUUGCUUGCCCUUUCGAUUCUCUGUUUUCAAGGUUGAAGCUAUUCUUUUUAUGGAAUUUGAAUGCCAAGCAAGCAUUGACGUUACAGAAAAUCAAGCUCGCAUAGAAAAUUCUGUUCAUAAGGAUAUAGUGGUUUCAAAGCACAAGUUCGAUUUCUCUUCUCCAGGCGAGAUAUUAAGCAGCGUUGUUGCACAAGAGUUGCCUUGUGGCGAUGAUGAUGUUCUGCACGGUUUUCGUCGCUCAAUCAUCGACCUUCCUCCUGCAUUGAUAUCUGAAAUCCUGAACUGCUUGGACCCUAAGGAGCUUGGCGUGGUUUCCUGCGUCUCGACGGUAUUGAACAGGCUAGCUGCUGAGAAUCCUGUUUGGAAGGAAGUAUACUGUGAAAGAUGGGGACUUCCUUUAGUCCUCCAUCCACCUGCUGGUGUAGUAGCGCUUUCCGAUGAGAAGAACUGGAAGGAGCUCUUUGUGGAGAGGGAGUUUAGGAGUAGAACGUUCUUGGGGCGUUAUAGCAUCGAUGUUCUGUACGGUCACAAGGAAGCUGUUAGGACAGUUUUCCUGUUGGCUUCCGCCAAGCUCAUUUUCACCUCUGGCUAUGACUCAGUUGUACAGAUGUGGGCCAUGGAGAGCGGCCUGUCAAUCGCUUCAUCCCGCUCCCUUGGAUGCACCAUUCGAGCAGUUUCGGCUGAUUCGAAACUACUGGUUGCUGGUGGUACUGAUGGAUUCAUCCAGUGCUGGAGGGCAGUUGAAGGUCUCCCACACUUGUUCGACCUCAAGGAUUCCACAUCUGAGUUCAGGCUUUGGGAGCAUGUCGGUCCCAUUACUUGUCUCGCUUUGGACCCUACAAAAAUCUAUAGCGGUUCAUGGGACAUGACCAUUCGUGUAUGGGAUCGAUCUUCCCUGAAAUGCUUGCAGGUCUUGAGUCAUGGAGACUGGGUUUGGAGCCUUGUUCCUCAAGGUACCACAAUUGCAGCUGCAUCCGGUUCAGAUGUAUAUGUAUGGGAUGCUCGUCGAGGGACUUUAUUAAAUGUUAUUGCUCAGGCUCAUGCUGGGAAUGUUUAUGCUCUAGCUCGAAGUCACACGGGGGACCUUCUUUUCACCGGAGGAGAAGAUGGGGCAAUACACAUGUUCGAGAUGGGUAAUACCGACUCGUCCAAAAUCGCUUCAUGGGUUGCUCACUCUGGUCCGGUUUACUCUCUGGCAUUCGAGUUCCCUUGGCUCGUCUCAUCUUCUGGUGAUGGGAAAAUGGCGCUCAUCGACGUGAGGAAACUGCUGAGACUGGCGAAACGGGCCAAAUGCUCUUCAAGGGCGAGAAAGAUGGUGGAGAGCAGCAUUGUGGAGCCUCCACAGAGGAUGUUGCACGGAUUUGGGCCGGACCUGUUUUCAGUUGACAUUGGUGCUGACCGCAUUGUCUGCGGAGGAGAAGAGGGUGUGGUCAGGAUCUGGAACUUCUCCGAAGCACUGGAGAAAGAACGGAGGGUCCGUGCCCUGAGAGGGAUGCGGUCUGAGCAAAGGAUGCAUCGUCGCAAGAUCCAGGCCGAGAUGGGGAGUAAGAGUGGUCGAGCUGGUCAGUGUUUAGUUGCGGCUAGCAAGAACUCGGUGAAUGCAGAUCGCAAUGGUGUGUGGCAUAGUAAGCGUGGGGUGAGCGGGAAGCUGAAGGCUUAGACCAGCUCUCUGGUCUGAUGCUACAGAAAGUUCAUUGAGACCAUUUUUAGGCAUUACCUUGUUUUUUAUGCACUCAUUUUCUGAUUUGUAAGUUACAAGUUCUGUUACGAUGUUAUGAUUGGAUGUAUUGGGAAGUCAACAUGGCUUCACUUAUAGUAUAGUUCAUGGGUAUAUAGGCACAGUAGGAUCUAUAUAGGGGUAGAUUUGCUGUGUCCGCUUGAUCCAUCAAUGAAAUCCUGCUGCCAAAUUUCUGGAUGUUUUCUGCAGGUUUUUCUGCGUGAUUCUUGUGUGGUUAUGUGCUUUAUUCAUUGGCUUUUCUGCUGCUUUGUUAACUAUUAUUGGAACGGGCUGACAGAAUUAUGAAUGGAAGGACUAGUUUGUCAAUGGUGACAUUGUAUGUGGGCUUGUUCUGUCAAAAAAAAUACUAUAGGUACUU